ACGCUAGCGACAGCAUUGUGCCGUCUGGGAUCAACUGGUAACGCUGUUUCUCUUGGUUGUGUGGCCCGAAAGUUUGGGGUAUCAGAAGGCACCGUUGAACUGUUCACUGGUCGAGUGAUUGUAGCGCUGCUCUCGCUGGAGAAGGAUAUCGUACGGUGGCCAACAAAUGACGAGAAGCGGGUAACGAAGCAGCGUAUUAAAGCGAAACAUCAUUUCCCAAGUUGCUUGGGCUAUGUGGAUGGGACGGAUAUCGUGCUAGCAUACAAACCAGCUGUUCACGGGGAAGAUUAUUUUAGCCGGAAGAAAGUUUGUUCGCUGCCUGUCAUGGUUGUUUGCGAUUACGACUGGCGAAUUCUUUAUACCUGCUGUGGAUUUACGGGCUCCGCUCAUGAUAGCCGCGUUUAUAAAAGUACGGAUCUGUAUCGUAAUCCAGAGAAAUAUUUUGAAAACGAUGAAUACCUUCUUGGAGACAGCGCGUAUACCUGCACAACCACCGUGAUCACGCCGUACCGGAAAAGCGAAAAAACUAGCAACCGAGAUAAUCGUCACUUCAGUAAAUUACAUUCGGGCGCAACAGUCGGCAUCGAGAAUACUAUUGGUAUUACAAAAAAUCGCUUUCAAGCGUUAAAAGGACUGCGUGUAUUGAUUAAAUCUAAGAAAGACCAUACACGUACAGUGUACUGGUUUCGAAUUUGCGCUAUUUUAUAUAAUAUUUGUAUCGAAUUUAACGCGAGGUUCCCAGUGGUUUGGUCCCUUUGCGGUAACUCAUAUAACACGGUCAUAGCACGACUUUACAUCAAACGCACUUGACGAUAUACCAGGAAAAUGAUAUUACUACAUUAUAGCGUUAGCAAAAAGUUUAUUUUGCUCACAGUAAACUAAUUAUGACGUUUUAAAGUCAAAAAUUUCAGGGUGAAAUUUACUGAGUACUGUUCGUCCAAAAAAAGUUUUGGAAUCGCUAUUCGGUGCGGAAACAGUGUGAAAGCUUAUCACACAUUGGAAAUUUCAAUAUCAUUGCUAUUAAAAAUUUAAAGUGCAAAAAAACGAUCCAGGGGGGGUGGGGCGGUGCCGCCCCUGAACAUUUUCUGCUAUAACUAUCAAAGCUUACAUUAUAUCAAAAAACGGUAUGUGUAACAAGUUCAACAUGUAAUGCUCGAUUUAAGGACCAUUUUUGAGUAAUUUUUUGAUAACGCGUUGAUUUGUUAUGAAAUUACUUUUGAUUUCUCACGAAACGCGUUUAAAGUCUACCGUGUUUUGUUGCGCUAUGUUCAGUACAGAAAAUCUACAGCUGGAACGCUGAGUAAAGCAAAUGAAAGGACAGAAGGGCCGGAGACUGCAGACGCGCACGUCGCAAGCAAAGACAAUAGCCGGUCGGUCAACUAAGUUAUCACACCAUCCUGUCACCAUAGUGUAAUUACAUAUAUAGCUGGUAGUAGACUUUGCUGUCACUAAUUGCUUCGGCUCAGCAUUCCUUUGAAACGGUUGAUUACUUCACCUGCGCUAACAAUAGCUUUGCAUUAGAAUCCCAUCCAUCGCUCUUGACCAUAAAAGACCGCAUUCAUAACCUUGAUUGUCUAAACUCUAAAAGCAGCGCUAGCCGCUUCUUCUCUGUUGGACAACGCUUCCCCCUUCGGCACUCAUAACGGAAUAUCGUUUUUUAACGUAAACAAAUUUUGUACAUACAUGAUAGCGUCAUAUUGUGAUAGAAGAGACUUUUCUCUUUACAAUGAGCUAUAAACCCUAAAAUGAAUUUCCACUGGGAACCUCGCGUUAAAGACCCGUAUGAAGACGAAUGGGGUGAAUUGCCAGACCACGCCACGAAUGCCAAAAAAGAUGCUGCUGAUCCCAUCGAUGCCGACGAAACAGGACCACUAAAAAAAGAGGGGAUUAAGUGCGCUGUUUUGACCAGCUUACUUGAGUGACCUACUGUUUUUCUACUUGUUAUAAGUCUCGGGUUGCAUUAUUAAAAUUAAUACAAAUUCAUCGUCCACUGCUUCAUUCACUAAUUUUUUUAAAAUUAAAAUAUCUGUUAUUUGACGGCAGCUUGUUGUCAUAUGAUACUCUUUUUGUAUUACACACUGCAAGUAAUAGUUCGCGCAUUUUACAUAUUUUAUUAAAAAUGCUGGAGAAAAAUAAUGAACUGGAACAGAUUCUAGAAAUGGCUAAUUAAU